GUGGGCUGUGUUUCCCGAUGGGCGGACGCUGAGCGCUCGUUCAGCCCAGCUGUUCCGCGCACACUGGGAUGCUCUGAGCGCAGGCUUCGUUUGGAUGCUUCUCUUUCGGGGGCCCCGCGGCUCUCGCAGCCCCCCGAGGAGCUAGCGGCAGGGCUCGGUGGUACUUCGCCGGGAAACAGGGAUGCUCUUGUCACGCCGUUCCAUUUCUUCCUUGGAGUUUUUGAAGUAAAAAGCAUCGCGAAGGCCGUACGGAAGCGCAGAGUCAGUCAGUGUUUGUAGUACUAGUAGUAACUAGCGGUGUCAGUCAGUCGGUGUGUCCGCGGUUCAAAUGGCGUCGGACACGAGCGACACGGACGAGUUCUACGACGCCGCCGAGGAUGUCACUUUCACUCCGUCUCCACACGUGUCUCCUGCAAAGUUUGUCCUUCCGCCAGCAAAGGAAUGUGAAGGAGGUGUCGUCCAGGAUGUGACCCCUUCCUUGGCCCCUUUGGAAGCCCGUCAUGAUGAUUCUAUACAGAUCAUUGACAGUAUUAUUGAAGAGAGCCAGAAGGAGAGUUCUGUGGAAGAUCUGCUGCUGUUGGAGGACAAGGAAGCUGCCAGUGAUGCCAUUCCAGUUAGGGAGAAAGAACUUCCAGAGGCUGAGAACGAUCAAACUGCCCCAAGCCUGAGGGAGCCUCAGGAGGGAUGCGAUGGGCUCCCGGAUUCAGGAGCCCUGGAAACUGUCAGCCUUUCUGUAGAGGCAGCACCCCCUGAUAUCACCAGCGUCCUGGCCCAGAGUCAGGUGUCUCAACAGUGGCCAGAGGCAGCUGAAGAGGACUGGCGUAAUCAGAAGACGGCAGAUAUUUUAGAACAGGUUUCAUGCGCUGAUGAGAGCGUUGACCAAGGCUCGCCUGCCCCCAACAAACUCCCCAGGCAGCUUGCUGUCGAACCUGACAUCGUGGCUAGCACCAAGAGGUCCCCACCAUCACGGCCACCACCUCCUAGUGUUUCCCGCCCCCCCAGACCACCACCUCCAACCUGCACAGCCACCUCGCUUACUAAGAAGACCCAGGAACUGAAACAUCCAGCAGAGUUGGAAGAUCCUGCGGAGAGCUGUGGCCUGCUGUCCCCCAGUACGGCUGUGGAGUGCAUCACCAAGGAGCUGCAGCAUUCCCUGGACCUUGUCAGCGCCACCAGUGGGGACAAGGUGGUCACUGCUCAGGAGAACGAUGAACAGACCUUGGUCCCAAGUCAAAGCGAGGGUCCAGGGCCUCAGCGGCCACGGUCAAAUUCCGGUCGUGAGCUCACCGAUGAGGAGAUCUUGGCAAGCGUGAUGAUAAAGAAUCUGGAUACCGGGGAGGAGAUUCCCCUGAGCCUGGCUGAGGAGAAGCUACCCACUGGCAUCAACCCCCUUACGCUUCACAUUAUGAGAAGAACCAAAGAAUACGUGACGAAUGAUGCUGCACAGUCAGACGACGAAGACAAGUCCCAUGCUCCUUUGGCAGACACAGAUGGCGGGAAGCUUCGGCAGAAGACUACGAAAUUCAAGAAGUUUUUGGGCAAGUCGGUGAAGAGGGCAAAGCAUCUAGCUGAGGAAUAUGGCGAGAAGGCGGUGAACAAGGUGAAGAGUGUCCGUGAUGAAGUGUUUCACACAGACCAAGAUGAUCCCUCUUCUAGUGAUGAUGAAGGCAUGCCCUAUACUAGACCUGUCAAGUUUAAGGCUGCCCACAGCUUCAAGGGACCAUUUAACUUUGACCAGAUAAAGGUGGUCCAGGACCUGAGUGGGGAGCACAUGGGUGCGGUCUGGACUAUGAAGUUCUCCCACUGCGGCAGAGUGCUGGCCACCGCCGGCCAAGACAAUGUGGUGCGGAUCUGGGUUCUCAGAAAUGCCUUUGACUACUUCAAUAAUAUGAGGAUGAAAUAUAACACUGAAGGUCGAGUCUCUCCUUCUCCAUCACAGGAAAGCUUGUGUUCCUCAAAGUCUGACACGGAUGGUGCAAUUAGUAGCACCCAGGAGGACCCUGACAUGGAAGACAGGAAUGUCCCUUUUCGCCAGGUCCCCUUCUGCAAGUACAAAGGGCACACAGCUGACCUGCUUGACCUCUCCUGGUCAAAGAAUUACUUUCUGCUGUCAUCAUCAAUGGACAAGACUGUUCGGUUGUGGCACAUAUCCAGGAGGGAGUGUUUAUGUUGCUUUCAGCACAUAGACUUUGUGACAGCCAUCGCGUUUCAUCCCAGAGAUGACAGGUACUUCCUGAGCGGUUCCCUAGAUGGCAAGUUGCGGCUCUGGAACAUUCCAGACAAGAAAGUGGCGCUGUGGAAUGAGGUCGAUGGCCAGACGCGCCUCAUCACCGCAGCCAACUUCUGCCAGAAUGGAAAGUACGCUGUCAUUGGCACCUAUGAUGGCCGCUGCAUCUUUUAUGACACCGAGCACCUUAAAUACCACACCCAGAUCCAUGUGCGAUCCACCAGGGGUAGGAACCGCGCGGGACGUAAAAUCACAGGGAUUGAGCCUCUGCCAGGAGAGAACAAGAUAUUGGUCACCUCCAACGAUUCCCGGAUUCGCUUAUAUGAUCUGAGGGACCUCUCGUUGUCAAUGAAAUACAAAGGCUAUGUAAACAGCAGCAGUCAAAUCAAGGCUAGUUUCAGUCAUGAUUAUUCAUUCAUCAUCAGUGGGUCAGAGGACAAGUAUGUCUACAUCUGGAACACUUACCAUGACUUAAGCAAGUUCACCUCUGUCCGGAGAGACCGCAAUGACUUCUGGGAAGGAAUUAAAGCUCAUAAUGCAGUCGUCACAUCAGCCAUAUUCGCACCUCAGCCUGGCCUGAUUGUCCCAUCCUUAGCCGGUGUAGAGAAGUUGGAUGCGGAGCACGGGGGUACAGACUCUGCAGACAGCGACACCAUUCCCUCAGGUGCCCUGAAGACGGACCGCACUGAGGUUCUCCUCUCCGCAGAUUUCACGGGUGCCAUUAAGGUGUUUGUUAACGUGAAGAAGUAAUGGCGGUACAAGGGCAUCCGCGGCUCCCCUCAUCUUUUAUCAGCACAAGCUCACUGUGGGGAAGUGCAAUGUGCUCAGCACGUCUUUCCCAACCUGCUGGACAGAAUGUUUACGUGUGGGGGACAGGGCUAGCAUCCGGGUCCAAGGGGCAGGCCCCCGAACUAGAACAUAAGGACUCAUGGUAAGGAUCCAUUCAGCACAAAGACAAGGGGACACUUACAUGGCUCUCAGUCUUUCUAAUGUUUUUGAUAUACAAAGUUUGUCAAAUAUCUGCGCAGAAUCAUGUAUAGAAAAGAAAAAUGCACAAGGUCUUUACAUAUAAUGUGCAGGUAGAACUUUUUUGUUAACUCAGUGGGAACAUGAGUCUGCAAACUGUGCUGUUUAGAUAUGGGCUCACAGUGCAUCUUGGGAACUUAUUGGUACCCCUGUCAAACCUUUAAUUCCCCCCCCAACCUAGUCCUCUCACUAUCACAAAUUCCUAUUCAUUCAAGCACAAAUGUUGGUCUACAGUAUUAAUUUAUAUCACUUUG